AUGAACAACACACCGGAAGAAAAGCCACAGCGGGCAACUGCCGCGCAGCUGGCGGCCAGAAAAAUUCGACCAAUGCGCUCUAGACGCCAAACACCCGCGGGCAACGCAGGUGCACCUGCCCCGACGUUUGGUGGCGCCUUCAAUCCCAUUGACCCCAACACAGUAUCCUCCCCAAUGGCGAGCUCGCAACCCCCAUCUACGGGAUUUACAUUUGGACAGAACCAAAGUUUUCCGGGUGCGAACUCGACGCCCAGCCAGUCCACGCAAAGUGGCUCGACCCCGUUCUCUUUCGGUGCAAGCACACCAAGUGGUGCAGGAUCGUCUUCUUUCAGUUUCUCAUCCUCAUUCGGUGGCCCUCAAGCAAAUAAUCCUUUCGCAAGCAUGAACACCGCGAGUACUACUCAGCAGUCGGCUCAGCAGCCAGCAGCCUUCUCAGGGUUCCAAGGCUCUAUUUUCAGCGCCCCGCCAGCUGGAAACCAGUCUGCAACCCAGCAACAGCAACCCUUACCCUCUGGCCCACUCUUCGGAGCCGGGGGCGCACAGAGUAACACCGGAGGUCUCUUUGCAAGCAACAGUGCUGGAUCCUCUACGCAAAACGGAACUGCAACCCCUACCACAACCAAUAUCUUCGGUCAGAGCACUACCGCUUCUGCACCUUCCAAUGGCAUAUUUGGCCAAUCCAGUGCAGCCAAGCCCUCCGUCUUUGGCCAGUCGAGUCCAUUUGGAGGAUCGGACUCAAUGCAUACCUCUCCAGAUGCUAAAUCAGUCACCAGCCAGAAGUCUUCUUUCCCUAGUACCAGUGUAAGCUCAACGCCUAGCUCACCGGCUCCCUCCAAGGAAGACAGCACCAAGAGUGACAGCAAGCCACUCUUUGGCGGCGCUUUCACUGGCGCAUCGACCUCGUCUAGCGAAUCUCCAGCGAAGUUUUUGUUUGGAGCCAAGCCGACCGAGCAAACUCCUGCUUCCGCCCCUAUCUUUGGCGCCACUCCCACUCAGAGCACGGCCGCGUCUACAGCCUCAAAGCCAGCAACAGCGCCUGCUGCUACUAACGCUCCGUUCACUGGCCUGUUCGGCGCUGCGCCGUCGGCUAGUCCAGCCACUCCCUUCAAAACCCCUUUCCAAUCUUCAAACCUUUUCUCAGGUGCACCUUCCAGCACACAGAAGCCAUCCGAAGAGAAGAAGGAUCAGGAGCCGAAAACUGCAGAUAAACCGAAGAACACAUUUCAAUUCAAUUCGCCGGCGACUACAGCUCCCUCAUUGUUUUCGAAUGCUGGCGCCAGCUCUGCAGCUCCAGCUCCUUCGACUGGAUCGUCUCAACCCUCAUCAACCGGAAACCUUUUCGCGCCGAAGACGACAGCAUCUUCAGACCAGGAGAAGCCCAAGGCGGCAGUAACAAAUCCUUUCGGUAAUCUGUUCAAUGCGCCGAAGCCCGCGACCUCGAGCGAGUCGGUGCCUGAGCAAAAGCCAGCACCCGCAAAUCCCUUCGGCAAUCUACUCUCACCCAAACCCACAGAGACACCCAAAUUUAGUCAAGCCGAGAAGCCAGCCAAUCCUCCGGCCCUUUUCUCAUCUCCUGCCGCAGCUACCUCACCCUCUACUCCUAGUGUCUUUACUCCAAAGCCGGCAGCCUCCACUCCCGCCGCAGCACCUCAAAGUCUGUUCAAGGUCAACGGAGAGAAGUCAACCGCGCCAGCUACAGGCAGUCAAUUGUCCAAGUCCUCCAACUUUAAGGAUCUGGAAUCUCCCAAGGUUGCAGGAGCUGUGGACAAUGCCGUCAAGGCUGACGUCGAAUCGGUUCAUCGUCUUCGCACUUUGAAUGAAUGCUUCAAGCGCGAGGUGGCCAAUGCCGAUCCAUCUGGCAAAGACUUUGAUGCAAUCCUGCAGUUCUAUCUCCGGGUUCGUGAUACCAUUGGAAUGCCUGUUGCUACCAAGCGCAAGGCCGCAGAAGAUGCUCCCAAUGGUGUAGUAUCCAAGAAGGUGAAAUCGGGUACUCCCAUCGAUGCAGAUGUUCCCACCCAAGCUGCCACAUCCAGUGCUGGGAAGACAUUCGGGACAACUCAGGAUGCGUCUCCCAACAGUAAGAAGAGAAGAUCGAUUGAUGAUGGCGAAGUCAAUGGUACCCCCAAACGUGUCAAUGGCGAUUCGACCACAGCCAACAUCUUCGCACAGUCAUUCUCCAAAUCGAAGACUACUGAGUCUGACCAGGACUCCACCCAUGAGAAAACCCCCUCGAAGCCAUCCACUCCAGCAGCCAAGCCUGUGUUGGUCUCUGCGACACCGGCGACUGAGUCAGCCAAGCCACAACUGUCGUUUUCAAGUUCAACCACGCAAGGUUCGACCUCUACCUCGCUCUUCUCAUCCUCGAUGUCAAGUGCGGCAACAACAUCUAGUGCAUCCAGUGGAACUGCACCAAAGAAUCCUUUUGUCCUCAAGCCUCUGGGCAGCCAGGAAAAUGGAACCUCUACAAGCUCCUUGCCCGCUCCCCCCAAGUUCAGUGCCCCAGCCGGUGGUAACUUCUUCGCUCAAUUCAAGGCUCAAUCCGAAAAGGAUGCCGAGAAAGAGAAAGCUAAGCGCAAAGCAGAGGACUUCGAUUCCGACGAGGAGGAUGAAGCUGAGUGGGAGCGCAAAGAUGCCGAACAACAGCGCAAGAAGCAAGAGGAGCAUGCCGCUCGAGGCAAGAAGCAUGCUAAAUUUGUUCCUGGCAAAGGAUUUGUUUUUGAGGACGAGGCUAUUGAGCCCGAGAAGACCGGAGAAGUUGCUGUUGCAAACAACUCUGGCGCUUCCGUCUUUGACAACCAAGAAAAGUCUGCACCUAAGUCCAGCAACAUCUUUGGACAUUUGUCAGCUACUCCCUCUGAAGCCGACGACGAUGUCAAUGACAAUGUCGAUGACGAAGACAACAACACCGAAGCGGCUUCAGACGUAGGGGAUGAUCAGGAGGACGUGGCGAAGACAUCGACCAGUGACUUUGCCUCUAACGCCGCAGAUUCUCCUGCACUCAGCAGCGAGGAUGGUGACUUUGCGAAGGCCCUUCAGAAGUCGAAGCCGGCCAGCAAUACGGAUGCAGUAGCGGGUGGCCGAAGCUUGUUUGACCGUGUCUCCGAACCUAAGCGUCAAGCCGAUGAAGAACAGAAGAACCCUGUUUCUACACUAUUUGGCUCCUCGAAAUUCUCCUCGUCUCUUAACACGCCAGUUUCUUCCACACAAGGUGGCACAUCUGACUCUGAGAAGUCAGCACUCAAGCCUGCGACAAGCAACCUUUUUGGUACCGCAAACACAGGAUCUAGCAUUUUCAGUUCUGCUGGCUCCAGCCCUGGCGGUGCUACUCCAUCCAUCUUCUCGAAGCCGUCCGGUGAUAAUACUUGGAAGCCUGACUCUCCGAUUAAGUUCGCAGCUAGCCCAUCUGCUUCGGGAUCUGCAACUCCGGCGGCAGCUGAACCCCCCAAGCCGUUUUCUUCUCUCUUCGGUGCCCCGUCAUCUCUGAACAAGGCUGGAUCUGGUAGCACCCAACCUUCGACUGGCUUUUCUUUUGGGAAUCCGUCCCUCCAGACUCCCUCCGUGCUAGGGUCGUCGGCUCUUGCGUCGGCUACAACUAGCCGCCAGUCCACCCCUGGUGUCGCUUCCGACACUGGAGCGGAAGAGUCCGGCGAUGGAGAUGCAGCUGAAAAUCUACCCCAGGCCGAUCUCCGCACUGGAGCCGGUGAAGAAGACGAAGAUGUUGUUCUCGAGAACCGAGCUCGUGCAAUGAAGCACAACAAAACCGAUGGCGCCUGGGAGAGUCAGGGCGUUGGAUUCAUCCGCGUCUUGAAGCAUCGGACCACCUCCCGCGGUCGUAUUCUUGUCAGAGCCGACCCGAGCGGAAACGUCGUUCUCAACACAUAUCUGGUUAAGGCCAUCUCAUACAAAGCGUCCGGCAACAGUGUCCAGUUUAUGGUACCUCAAGCCGAAGGACCGCCGGUCUUGUGGGCUCUCCGGGUUAAGACGAAAGACGAUGCAGAACGUCUCAGCAAGGCGAUGGAGGAGACUAAAUCUUAG